GAUUUUGUCAUUACAUUACCACUCACUGCCAGAACCCGACUGUGGUUUCCAGGGAAACUGGAAAAUGUGAAGCUUUUCAAUAGAGACAGCCCGAGCUUAAAGAGCGAGGAUUGCCUAAGAUAGAUUCUUCUGGAGACAACCCUGAAGCCACUGCAAUCACUAUCAAUCAACAGGGGAGAAACACGGACAGAUGUGCCGCUCGAUCUGCGCUGAGAUUUUGAGAUUUUACCCAGAUGUGUGGGAGAGUUAUGGAGAGACUUCAGUCUGACCUGGACUGCUGAGGUGCUUCCAUCACUUUAAUGCAGAGACAAAUGGGAAGUCUGAAGGAGAAGAUGAGAGGUCUCAGACAGGACCAAAAGCCUUGCGAGAACACGGAUGAUGGAGAACAUCCAGGCGGCUCAGAUGGCGGCACCGAGCCUGAGGGACCUCAGACAAACACGAGUGAAGAGUCGACAACUCAUCGGCCAAAACUUCACGUGAAUGCCAGCAGCGUUGAAGAAACGGACACAAAUGCAAAAUCCAAAGAUCAAGAGCUUUCAGUUGGAGGUUUUGUCAAAGACUCAAUGCAGACGAACGCCAUCCCUCUGACACAACAGCCUGACGAUGAUAAAACAACAACUGCACAUAACGACUCGACUGUCUCUCAUAAGUUCCAAAAUGCUGGAGAUGGGGGAAUUCAGGAGGAGACAUCUAAGGAUAAAAACGUGGUUGCUGACAGAGAAAAAGUGGCUGAUAUUGAGAAUAUAUUGGUGCCUGUGCCAGCAACGCCAGCAACGCCAGCAACGCCAGGCCCUUCAGACCCUCGGUCCCCAGCUCCUCCUGGCCAGCAGCACAUGCGAACACAGGUUAGCCUGGAGGUGGUCCAGUGCCGCUCCACAGCCACCAGCCCCAUGACCCCUCCUGAGGACGGCCAGUCUUUCUUCUUCCCGAGCUCCUUUGGGAAGCUCGGAGCUGUAGGCGCUAACACUACAGACGCUGAGCUGCAGGUGGGCCAGCUGGUGGAGUUGUGCUCAGUGGCCACAUCCCCUAUGACCCCAAAGACGCCCUUCACCACGGCUUUUCCAGAGCUGAUGGGGAGAGAGAUGGUGAAGAAAGAUCAGGAAAAGAAAGAGGUGCAAAGGGAGAGUGGCGAAGAGUGUUUCCCCAUGACACAAAGUCUAGAAGAGGCUGAGUCAGAGCUAACCGGAACUUUCAAAUUAACCACAUCACAGGCGCAGAGGGAGAGCUCUGGGUUAUUAGUUUCACAAGUAACUCUGGAGGAUAGUAAACAGCAGUGUAAACAGCAGAGGAUGGGAAGUAUGGAUCAAGACAUUACAAUCCUGGUGACCCACUAUGGCAACAAUGAAGGGGAAGAGGAGGAGAAAGCUGAGUCGUGUUGUUAUCCCAUUGAGACAGAGAUGGUCAAAAUAGAUGAAUUUGAGGAAGAGAGAGAAAACAAUGGUGAUCUAAAGGGUCAACAAAAGAAAAUGGAAGAAACCUCUGACUCUGCAAGCGAAGUUCCAAAAACAGACGUGACAGCUGAAAAUUCAGAAGUGGAGGAAAACAAAGGUGCAUGUGGAGAGCUGAGAGGAGAGACAAAGCCUCCUGUCCCUGAGUCUCCUGCUCCCUUCGGCUGCCACAACAUCCGUACUCAGGUCAGCCUGGAGGUGGUGCAGUGUCAGUCUGUGGCCACCAGCCCAAUGACCCCUCUGAAGGGGACCAGGCCUUCUUCUUCCCCAGCUCUUUGGGAAAGAGUGAAGGUGUAG